CCGUGAAGCAGGAAGAUCCGGUGUCGGACGAAUAUCCACGGGGUAUUUUGUUUAUAUGUAAUAUGAAACCUGGUGAGUAGAAUUAUGUCUAAAAAGUUGGCCAUCUAUAUAUAACUUAUCUCUAACUAAUUUUACUCUCCUACCAUCCUCACGUGCUUUCUUCAUUUCUGGCAGUAGUCGCUUUCUUAAUUUAACAAUUUCCUCCGGGAACUGUUCAGAAAUUGCAAUUCCUGUACCCUUUAAUCGCCUCGCGUUAGCCAGUAUACGUUCCUUAUCCGGGUCAAAAUUAAAUUUCGCGACAAUGGCUCUUGGUCUUCUCGAUCCCGGUGUUCUUCUGCCUAUUCUGUGUGAACGGUCUAUCUUUAUAGUCUUCGCAUCCGAUAUUCCAAGUUGCUCUUGUAAUAAGUUAUGUAUGAGGUUGUUUGUAUUUUCGCCCUCACACUCUGAUAAAUUAUAAAACAUUAAGUUGUCGCGCAUUGACCUUGCUUGUAGGUCAAUGACGCGACUAUUUAAUGCUGAAUUCUGCUCUUCUACUUUCGCCAAUCUUUCUUUCGUCUCCGAGUCUGACUUCUUUAGCCCUGCGUUUUCUUUCUUCAGCGUUUCAACUUCAGCAUAUGCAUAUUCUAAAGAUUCUUUUACUUCCUUCAGUUCUUGUUCCAUCGAUAUCAUACGGCCAUCAAUGAUAUCUAAUUUACCCAGCUUCAGAGCUUGAAAUAAUUUUUAAAUUUGUCCGGCAAAACUUCCAAGCAAAAUGAAAUUUGACCGGAAAUUUUCAAAUUUGGUCGGAAAUUUUUUAGUUUAGUUUGAUCCCCUCCGUUGAGUAAAUUCUGUCAAGCAUGCAGUAAAUCACUCUACUUGUAAUAAACAGCCUAUUUAACUGUCCUGAUGAAGGGCCUUUGCUCGAAACGUCGAGGAAACGCAUUCUUUAUCUUCCAGGUCGUCAAAUUAACAACAAUGAAAGCAGUCACUCUGACUCGUAACUCAUGCACUGUCACACAUUUAAGUUAACUAAACUUUGUUUAAAGCAUACUCUGAUCGAAGAAACUUUAAUAACUUUCCAGUUGAUUACUCUAUAUAAGACUAGUAUAGAUAAUCUAAGACUAUAAGAUACUGCACUCACUGUACUGAGCGCCGACCCGAUAAUUUAAAAAAAAGAGAUUAUCAUUUUUUUCAACAUUUGUCCGGACGAAAUUUCCGAUCAUUUCAGCAUUUGGUCGGAAAAAGUGGAAUUUGGUCGGAAAACCGCCGACCGCCGGCCGUUAUUUCAGGGUCUGCAGCUUGCUCAUAAUCGUUUCGAACAUAUUUUCGACAUUCAUAGGCUUUUCUUCGUGUAAAUUAUCUCUGUCUUCUUUAUUGGCAUUUAUGGUUUUCUUUGCUUUCUCUAGAACCGGUUUCUUGGGCGUUUUUGAUGGAGUAUUUGUUGAAAUUUGCGCAGUGCGCUUGGGAGCAUGUGAUCGCGUCGCCAUAUUGUCUCAUUUGAAAUAUUGAGUACAGUUUUCCGUCAAAUAUUGCCAUUUGUAACUCGUAAGACUGUACGGUUGACUCCAUUUGAGGAAUUUGUUUUAACUUUGAUGAAGUUAAGACUAAAUAUGCCGUUUGAAGAUCUUGCUUACCGGUUUGGAAUUUCUGUACCUACUGUUUCAAGAAUUUUCCUAUCCUGGAUGAUAGUUAUGGAUGUAAGGCUAUCACCAUUGAUCAAGUGGCCAGAGCGUGAAGACUUGUGGCGAACUAUGCCACAGUGUUUUCAGUUUUCAUUUGGACAUAAGACCACUGUGAUAAUCGACUGCUUUGAAGUUUUUAUCGACAGACCUUCGAAUCUUCUUGCUCGAGCUCAGACAUAUUCCUCAUACAAAAGCCACAAUACCGUGAAGGUUUUGAUUGGGAUAACUCCACAAGGCACAAUUUCAUUUGUAUCGAAAGCUUGGGGAGGGAGAACAUCCGACAAGUUUUUGACAGAUAACUGUGGAUUAAUGGAUAAGUUAUUACCUGGGAUCUUGUAAUGGCAGAUAAAGAGUUCACCAUACAAGAAUCAUUAAUGUCCCGACAUGCCCAUUCAGCAAUUCCUGCCUUUACACGGGGCAAGGACCAACUAGAUCCAGUCGACAUUGAAAAAAAAUAGGUACGCCACGCGUACAUGUAUCUGCGCAUAAUGCAUUGAUGUUCCAAUGUUGCACAACCUCGUACCCAGGUUCUCAAUCUUCGCUCCUACCUCGCUUGAAUUGAGACCCUGAGACCGGCUGGUCACGUGACCUGUGAUAUUUUGGCGGAUUUGUUCAAUUGUUUUUAGGGUAAGGAUAGUAACUGAGGUGUUUUGUUUUGUAAUGUUAUUUUAACAAUAUUAGUAGGUUGAAUGUUGCAUUGACGGAAUCACAUUUGCACAGCAAUUGAGCGGAAUUGUGCUAUUUGAAAUUAUAUGCCUACUUCAUGCAUAUAAAUUAAGAAUAUUUACAUUUAACCAGUGACUUUAGAGGAUGAGUACCAUUUAUAUCCCAAAUGCAAUAAUAAUGAUACGAAAAUAAUGUUUCUUUUUAAGUGGAGCCAAAUAUCUGCUAUUCACGCAGUUCAUUACUUUUAAGAAGACCUUACAAUUUAAAGAAAACAAUUAAUUAAGGCACAUACGGCUUUAUGAUCUGAAAAAUAUGUUUCUAAGAUGUGGGGAUUCACUUGUGAUUCUGGUAAAUUUGUAUAAAUGUGAUCUAUUAACGUCUGAUUGUCUGUAGUGACACUAGAUAUUAAUUGUCUGUAGUUGUUAUUAUUGAUAAAAAAAUUAUAUAAAGGCCUUCUAUUGGCUUCAUUCAACCAAUUUACAUUAAAAUCACCAAUGAAAAUGUUAAAUUGAGAAGUACAGAACCUCAAAACUUCAUCUAAUGCUGCACACAAUUGUUGUACUGGGAUUCUGGGUGAUCGAUAUAUACCAAUUAUAGUAACAUGUGGAAGAAUCAUUGCUUUCAUAACGGUUAUUUCAAUGCCAUUGAUAUUAUAACAACAUGGAUAUCCAGGUAAGAAUUCAACUCUGCUAAACACUGCCAUGCCACCAAAGGGUCUGGUAGUCAAAGAGUGACCAUCAUUUCUGAACAAGGUGUAACCAUGAAUAUUAUACAUACUGGCAUUAUCCGAGUGCAUACAUCGAGUUUCAGAAAAAAUAUUGAUGUCUGUAGUUGCAAAAUUAAAAUCAUGCCGAAUGUCAUCAAUGUGUUUAUGCAACGACCGUGCAUUUAGAUAGCACAGUUUGAAUGAGACUUGGUCUGUCUUAUAAAUAGGA